UCGGAUGUGCAGAGGGCGCGUAACUUGCACCAAUAGAGCCACAGAACGGGAGGAUCUCCAUCGCACUUCAACCUUCUCCAUGGCUGGCGCUUCACACUAUCACAUCCAAUCACUCAGAACCCGUCUUUCAAUAUGUCGCUCAUACCCCCCUCUUCUUUCAGGAUGUGUGUCACUCUGUCUCUUUCUGUAAAGGAUUUGCGGUCUCCUUUGCGAUCCGCCACUAUGUUUAAUAAAGAGACUUAAUCACUAGGUUUGCUAUCUGGGUCCAUAAACAAGCAAUGUUGCCAGUUCACUUAAUCCUUGCUGCUCUACUAUCUCCUGUGGUUGCUACUGGAUCAGUAUCCCAGGAACAGUCAAAUCUCCUGAUUCAUAUUCCGAACCUGAGCCGUCGGACUGACGGCCACCCCACUACUUAUACCUUGGAUCAGUCUCUCCUCGCCAUCCAAAUCGGUGGCAUUGUAGGAGCGUACGUAAUCUUUGUCGCGAUCCUCUUGACAUUGCUCCUCUUUGUAGGGCGUCGUCUGAGAAGGACAGUGCAAUCGUCCAACUUCUCGUUGCAGGUAGAAAUGAUGAAGCCUGUCAAGCCUCCGCCCAGUAUGGAUCCAAGCCCAGUCACCCCAAUCUCUGCCAAUCUUCCCAGUCCGGGUAUGCCAAACGGGUUCAAUCGAUCCUGGAGCAGUUUGGGCAAGGGCCCACGGUCUCAUAUAGCCAAUAACAGCAGCGUGUCUACCAUUGACGAGUCGGUGGUUGCAUUGGACCGGCGCAGAGCGCAGGAAGAAAUGGAAAUGCUGUACGCCGCUGUUAUGGAACACGAUGAGCGGAGGGCAGCUGAGAAGGAGAGUGAGAUUCAUUCUCCGGAUAGUGCUCAAACGAACCCGUUCACCGAUCGUUCGUCGAGGCUGUCAGAAGCACCACCUCCCCCUCCUCCAGCGAAGAUGCCAGCGAGCCCGAGGGCCAGCUCUCGCCUGUCCAGAAUCUCUUCUCUCUCCCUUUUCAACAGCAAGUCUCACCCCGAGGCAAACACUGGCAAGCCGCGUACCCCCCGUACCCCUCGCAUUCCUCUUCGGAAGCUACCAAUUUCCUCCCCGUUGGGCUCCCCGGACGUGACGGCAUCCAGGUCGUAUGGAGAGGACCAGCCUCCCCUGACACCGCGAUUCUACAACCCACCGCCUCCGCCAACACCGCCAGUGGUGACAAUUCAAGGCGCAGGCGAGAAGAGAGUGUCAAAGGGCUCACGGGCGCCAGCCCCGGCGCCCUUGAGUAUGUCCGUGGCUGGCCACGGCUCAUCCUCUUUGCCCUUCCGUGACGCCUACCCGCAACAAAGUGCGCCUGCCACCAAGACAACCGUUCUGGAGCGCCCCUUGAAACCUAUGAAUGGUCCUCGAACGGGGAUGCCCACGCCAUACAGCCCGUAUAUGCCAUUUACGCCAGUCACGCCGCUUACACCCAGUCGGAUGGUCACCAAGCGGCAGAGGAAACGAGAAGCCAAGGAAAGCGGAUUACGGGUUCUUAAUGAAGAUGAUAUAGUCCGGGAUAAUGAUGAUAUGUGGGGGACGUAGCGAGACACGACAUUUUGAUUGGUUCUUUGCCUUUUUGCCUUUGUUUUCUUGGCUAUUGAAGUUUUUCCUUUUGAAUCGAGGCGUUUUGUGAUGUUGCGGCGGAGGGGAUGUUUUCGAACCCGGGCCGGUAACCGCACUAUAUCCAAGCUAUGCCAGGGCAAGCAUAAAUCAUUGAAUACAUAUACAUACUGCACAGUAGCAAGAUAGCAUUGUUGUCCACCGGGGACUAGUACACUGGAGUGGAUGGGUCUUGUCUCCGCUCCGCGUUCAUUAUUCGCUCGGCCAGAGGCUUGACCGUCGUCAUCACGGUCCUCAACGCCGACUCUCCGACCCUCUCGGUCCUCUUCAUUCGA